ACGACGGGGCACGGAUAGUCCGCUGCCCACACCGACUUGCAGCUACCAAGCCCUUCUUUCACACGAACGGGUCGAGACCUCCUGAAACCACACUUUCAUACCCUGUAGUUUGUGGGCUAUGGCUCAGACGCUGCAGAUGGCCAUCCCCAACUUCGGCAACAACGUCCUUGAGUGUCUGAACGAGCAGCGUCUGCAGGGGCUCUACUGCGACGUGUCGGUGGUGGUCAAGGGCCACGCCUUCAAGGCGCACCGGGCCGUGCUGGCCGCCAGCAGCUCCUACUUCCGCGACCUGUUCAACGCCAGCGGGGCGGACAGCGGCGGUGGCGGCGGCGGCACUAAAGGCGGAGGCGGCGGCGUGGUGGUGGAGCUGCCGCCCGCCGUCCAGCCGCAGAGCUUCCAGCAGAUCCUGUCCUUCUGCUACACGGGCCGGCUGAGCAUGAACGUGGGCGACCAGUUCCUGCUCAUGUACACGGCGGGCUUCCUGCAGAUCCAGCAGAUCAUGGAGAAGGGCACCGAGUUCUUCCUCAAGGUCAGCUCGCCCAGCUGCGACUCGCAGGGCCUGCACGCCGAGGAGACCCCGCCGUCCGAGCCGCAGAGCCCCGUCACCGGGGGCGGGGGAGGAGGAGGAGGAGGAGGGGGGCGGGCGGCCACUGCCCGGCCGUCCUCGUGCCUCACGCCGCUGCCGCUGGUGAGCCGGGUGAAGACGGAGCAGCCUCAAACUCAACCCUACUCCGUGGUCUGCACCCCGGUGGCCAAGCGGCUUUGGGAGGGGAGCAGCCGGGACGGCGGCGGGGGUUCGGGCGGAGGAGGGGGCGCGGGGAUGAGGAAGGCCGCCCGCUUCUCCCAGGAGAACGCGUCGUCCAGGGGCGGCAGCGGCGGACUGGGAACCGGAGGAGCCUCCGCCCAGAGCGUGGUGGGCAUCCUCGGCCUUGGAGGCGGAGGAGGUGGAGGUUCCGCCAUCACCAACAACAACAACAGCGGCUCCAACAGCAACAACAACAACAACAACAACAGCAGCGGUCACCCGUCGGAGGGCACCAGCCCGGGCGCGCUCAGCAUCUACACCAGCGACUCGCCCAUCUCCUACCACGACGAGGAGGAGGAGGAGGAGAUGACGGACGACGCCGAAGAGCAGUACCGGCAGAUCUGCAACAUGUACACCAUGUACAGCAUGCUCAACGUGGGCGCCGCCGGAGACGAGCUCCGGGGAUGGAUGGAGGGAUGGAGAGAGAGGGAGGUAGCAAACGAGCGCGUGGACGCCCUGCCCGAGCACCUGACCCCGGACACGAGGGGCCGCGUGCGCGUGCGGCAGGAGCUGGCGUCGCUGCCCGCCGAGCUCAUCGCCCAGAUCGGCAACCGCUGCCACCCCAAGCUGUACGAGGAGGGCGACCCGGCGGAGAAGCUGGAGCUGGUGUCGGGCACCAGCGUGUUCAUCUCCCGCGCCCAGCUCAUGAACUGCCACGUCAGCGCCGGCACCCGCCACAAAGUGCUGCUGCGCCGCCUGCUCGCCUCCUUCUUUGACAGGAGCACCCUGGCCAACAGCUGUGGGACUGGCAUCCGCUCCUCCACCAACGACCCCAGCCGCAAGCCCCUGGACAGCCGGGUGCUCCACGCAGUCAAGUUCUACUGCCAGAACUUUGCGCCCACCUUCAAGGAGAGCGAGAUGAACGCCAUCGCGGCGGACAUGUGCACCAACGCGCGGCGCGUGGUGCGCAAGAGCUGGAUCCCCAAGCUGAAGCUGCUGAUGGCGGACAGCGAGGCCUACGCCAGCUUCCUGCCCGAGGGCCUCAAGCUGGAGGCCGACGCCCUGGCCGCCGAGCACGGCCUGGAAGCGGCCGCCGCCGCCGCGCUGGAGGGAGCCGAGCCGGGGCCGUCCUCGGCCGACGCACUGCCAGGCGAGGCGGGGGAGGCGGGCACGCUGUUCUGA